AUGACCCUAGCUGGAGCCUGUCGCCGCCGGCGACCACCGCGACCCCAUCUCCCUCUCUUCGUCCUCGUCCUCCUAAUCUUCUCCACUCCAAUCCCACUCGCUUCGGCGCUCCGCGUCCCGCUGCGCCAGGCAGCCACCCUCGUCUCCCUCUCCCAUUCGCUCCUCUCCCGCGUCGCCGCCACACGUGCCGCCCGUGGGGACGCCGCGGCGGCCGCACGCGUCCGGCGAAUCGCUUCCCUGCUGUCGUCCCGUGGCGCGUGGGGACUCGGCUGGGACUACCUCCGCCACUACGCCUUCUCAUCGGCCACCGGAUGCGGCCUCUCCUGCGCGGCCGCCGCCUCUCGUCUCAUCGCCGCUGCUGCGGAGGCCUCGCGCCUACGUUCUGCCACUGACGCUGCGCAGUGGAUGCGCCGCCACUACGGCGACAUCCGCGACGCCGCCACGCAGCUCCUGAACGGCCUUCUCCUCGCCUUCUCCGAAGAGGUAACUGACCUACUCACUCGUGGUGCCUCUGAUUCACACAUUGCUCUGUCGAUGUGGGAAGUGGAGGAAGGGGAAUUGCUGAAGGAUUGUCUGGAAGUGGGAGCUAAGGAUUUAUAG